AUGUUACGUAUCAAGAACUUGGCCAGAUCUACCAGAUCUUUAAGAACUCCUUUAAUUAGAUCCUCCACUUUAAUAAGAUCAAUCCAAUCUUCAUCAAUCGUUUCAGCUUCUGCCUUAAAUCAAUCAGAUUCAAAAGUUAGUUCUGGUUCCUCUUCUUUCCACAAAGCCCCAAAAUUAAUCUCAAAUAAAACUGACAGACCUUCAAUCGUCAUCUUGGGUUCAGGUUGGGGUGCUAUUUCAUUCUUAAAACAUAUUGAUUCCACUAAAUAUAAUGUUAUAAUCAUUUCUCCAAGAAAUUAUUUCCUCUUCACUCCAUUAUUACCUUCAUGUCCAGUUGGUACUGUUGAUGAAAAAUCAAUCAUGGAACCUGUUGUUUCAUUCGCCAACAAGAAGAAAGGUGAUGUUACUUAUUAUGAAGCUGAAGCUACUGAUAUUAAUCCAAAUGAUAAAACUGUUACAAUUAAAUCAUUUUCAAAUAUAAACACCACUGUUACCUCUGCUGAUGGUGUUGGUAUCAACGUUGGUUUAAAAGCUAAUGAAAUUGCUCAAAUCUCUUAUGAUUAUUUAGUCACUGCUGUUGGUGCUGAACCAAACACUUUUGGUAUUCCAGGUGUUGAAGAACAUGGUUGUUUCCUUAAAGAAAUUUCAGAUUCAAGAAAAAUUAGACAUAGAUUCAUUGAAGCUGUGGAAAGAGCCAAUUUAUUACCAAAAGAUGAUCCUGAAAGAAAAAGAUUAUUAACUUUGGUUGUUGUUGGUGGUGGUCCAACUGGUGUGGAAACUGCUGGUGAAUUACAAGAUUAUAUUGAUCAAGAUUUGAAAACUUUUAUGCCAAAUAUCGUUGAUGAAGUGCAAAUCGUCUUGAUCGAAGCCUUACCUGUUGUUUUGAAUAUGUUUGAAAAAAAAUUAACUUCAUAUGCUGAAAAAGUUUUAAAAGAAACUACAAUUGAUUUGAAAACCAGAACUGCCGUUUCAAAAGUUGAAGAUAAAUUCCUUGUUGCUAAAACCAAGAAUGAAGAUGGUUCAAUUGAUGAAACUACAAUCCCAUAUGGUGUUUUAGUUUGGGCCACUGGUAAUAAACCAAGAUCUUUAGUUACCAAUUUAUAUAAAAAAAUCCCUGAACAAAACCAUGCUACAAGAGGUUUAAUCGUUGAUGAACAUUUAUUAGUUAAAGGUACAAACAACAUCUUUGCCAUUGGUGAUAAUGCUUUUGCUAAAUUACCACCAACUGCUCAAGUUGCUCAUCAAGAAGCUGAAUAUUUAUGUAAAGUUUUCACAAAAAUUUCCAAGAUUCCAAAUUUCCAUGAAAAAUUAGCAACAACUACUGAAAAAGUUGAUUUAUUAUUCCAAGAAAAUGGUAUUAAACCAUUUAAAUAUAUUCAUUUAGGUGCUUUAGCUUAUUUAGGUGCUGAAAGAGCUAUUGCAAACAUUACUUAUGGUUCUCGUUCAUUCUAUUCUGGUGGUGGUAUUUUCACUUUCUUUGUCUGGAGAGUUUUAUAUGUUUCAAUGAUUUUAUCUGUUAGAUCAAGAUUUAAAGUUGUUGCUGAUUGGUUAAAGAUUUCAUUCUUCGGUAGAGAUGCUUUCAAAGAAUUAUAA